AUGAUCGAAAACCAAGUAGCAAAUCUUCUGUCUCCCCCAGGAACUGGGGCUAUUCCUGUUGAUCAGGGACGAGAAGAAGAGCGAACUGAUGCACAAACACCAUUUAUCAACAACAGACAUAUUCAAAGACCAUCAACAGUGACAAGAGGCUGUUUUGAUUUUGAUCCUCAGAAUGGUCGAUUCGCUUUCCAACUGCCAUUCAGUAGAAAUUCGUCAUCUGGUCGUAAAAACAUGACUUGUUUAACUCAAGUCAAACAAUUUUCAUUUUAUCAAGCAUUAUUAAGUGAAUUUAUUGGAACAAUGAUUUUGACAUUAAUGGCGUGUAGUACCGGUUUACCUAUCACUCGUCGGCAAGUACCCGAUUUACAUGGUAUUUUAGUCGGAGGAUUAACGAUAUCAACAUUAAUUGUUUGUUUUGGACAUGUAUCUGGUUGUAACAUAAAUCCAGCGGUAACACUAGCACUCUUAUUUGCUCGCCAUAUUGAUAUUAUUCGAGCUAUUUGCUAUAUUGGUGUUCAAUUAUUAGGUGCAUUUUGCGGUAGUUGUCUAUUAAAAAUACUAGCUCCAACAUCUGCAAGAGAAAAUCUUGGUGUAACAAAUAUUAGUGAAGGUGUGACACUUCAACAAGCGUUUGUCGUUGAAUUUCUCAUUACUUUUAUACUCUGCUGUACAGUAUUAGCUGCAUGUGAUAAACACCGUGAUGAUGUUGGUGGAUCGAAAGCAUUAACCAUUGGCCUAGCAGUAGUAAUUGGUUCAUUAUUUGGUGGACCUUAUAGCGGAGGAAGUAUGAAUCCUGCACGAUCCUUUGGUCCAGCAGCAGUUACAGGAAUGUGGCAAAAUCAUUGGCUCUAUUGGUUUGGUCCAAUGACGGGUGGUGUUGCUGCAGCAAUAUAUUAUGAAUAUAUACUUAAACAACGCAUAGCUUCACAACCCACUGUCGAGUCAUCUACAAUGAAAAAGUUAGCAAAAAUAUAA